AUGAAUUUCUUCACUCUCCUAGCUAUUCUUUUCGGAUUCUCCUUUUGUUCUCUGUUUAUUGGCAAUGGCCCUGUCGUCAUUCAAGCUCUCCAUAAAAUCUAUCCUGAAUUACAGUCUCUCGAAAAUGGCAACGACACCACCGAGAUCAAGCAGCUCCAUCGAACCGGCUUCCACUUUCAACCUCAUCGUCACUGGAUGAACGGCCCGAAUGGCCCAAUGUAUUUCAAGGGAAUCUACCAUCUCUUCUACCAAUACAACCCUGAAGGCGCAGUUUGGGGGAACAUUGUCUGGGCUCACUCAAUUUCCAAAGACCUUAUCAAUUGGAAGUCACUCAAACCCGCGCUUUCCCCCUCAAAGCCCUUUGAUAUCAAUGGCUGCUGGUCUGGCUCCGCCACCGUCCUCCCCGGCCUCAAGCCCGUCAUUUUGUACACUGGAAUCGACACCCAGAAUCGACAGGUACAAAACUACGCCAUUCCAGCGAACCUCUCUGAUCCGCAUCUAACCGAGUGGGUCAAACCGGAUAACAAUCCGAUUGUUGACCCGGGUACAGAGGUCAAUAGUAGCGCCUUUCGGGACCCGUCGACGGCAUGGCUAAGCCUCAACGGUCACUGGAACACCAUCAUUGGCAGCAGGAGCGAGCAGACGGGAAUGGCGUAUUUGUAUAGAAGUAGGAAUUUUUUGAAUUGGACUAAGGUGGAACAGCCUUUACAUUCGGUUCCGAAUACUGGAAUGUGGGAGUGCCCUGAUUUCUAUCCAGUUUCCCACUUCGGUAGAUUUGGCUUGGACACGUCGGUGAUGGGAAAUUGGUUUAAACAUGUGUUGAAGGUGAGCUUGGAGAUGACUAGAUAUGAGUAUUAUACGGUGGGGAAGUAUUAUCCGAUGACGGACAAGUAUGUUCCCGAUAAUACCUCGGCGGAUGGGUGGAGUGGGCUGAGGUAUGACUAUGGAAAUUUCUAUGCUUCCAAGUCAUUCUAUGAUCCGAUGAAGAAGAGAAGGGUUUUGUGGGGUUGGGCUAAUGAAUCUGAUAGUGUCCAGGAUGAUGUUUCCAAGGGAUGGGCGGGAAUUCAGGCGAUUCCUAGGACGGUGUGGUUGGAUCCCAAUGGAAAACAGCUCUUACAAUGGCCAAUUAUGGAGCUCAAUAGGCUGAGACGGAAGAUAGUUAUGAUGCUAAAUCAAAAGCUGGUUAAGGGACAAAAUGUUGAGAUCAAAGGAAUUACUGCGGCUCAGGCCGAUGUUGAAGUUAUCUUUAGCUUUUCGAGUUUGGAUAACGCGGAGGCAUUUGAUCCAAGCUGGGUUGACGCGCAAGCCGUGUGCAGUCAGCUGGGAUCCACGGCCCAAGGUGGUGUGGGACCCUUUGGGCUUUUGACUCUGGCUUCAGAAAACCUCGAGGAGUUCACUCCUGUGUUCUUCAGGAUCUUCAAGGCAGAGGCUAAUCACGUGGUUCUUAUGUGCUCUGAUGCAAGAAGCUCAUCUUUGAAAGAUGGAUUAUACAAGCCGACAUUUGCGGGUUUCGUCGACAUCGAUUUGUCGAGUAAAAAGCUCUCAUUAAGAAGCUUGAUUGAUCACUCGGUGAUAGAGAGCUUUGGUGGGGGAGGAAAAACAUGCAUAACUUCGAGGGUAUACCCAACAAAGGCGGUGUUUGGGGAUGCUCAUUUGCAUGUUUUCAACAAUGGAACAGAGUCUAUCACGGUGGAGUAUUUAAGUGCUUGGAGUAUGAGAAGUGCUUGGGUGAACUAAGUCUUUUUUAAGUUGGAACAGCUUUCUAACCGCUAAUAAUGUUAGAACUAACUCUUAGUUUUUGAUUAAUUAAGGUUGUAAUGGUAGAUUAGCCUCCUUUUUUGUCUAUGAAUAAAGAGUUAGAUUUUUA